UACAUUGAUUCAUCUCUCAUCUUCACUUGCCAUCUUCCCAUUUAAUCCACUUUCUCAAAACCACAAAUAAGAACCAACUUCUUUUCAAUUCAUUCUCUUCAUCAUUUCUUCUUCUUCUUCUUCAGACAAUCAUUUGCUUUUGGAUGGUAACUCGUACCCACUUUUCCAUUCCGGAAUUGGGCACUGGUAGCUUAGCUCGUGUAAAUGUGUGUCUGGCUUUGGAAAUCCAUGAAUAAAAUUAUCUGAGAUUUGAGAGCUUUGAGCUGCGAAGAUGGUGGCUAAUUGACUUUGAGGUCAACUUGCAAGGUCAUGAGGUGGAGUUGCAGUGAGCUACAUGUAGGAGCAACAUGAUUGAGCAAUUCAUCAAUUUCGUUAUUAGGCCUCCCAGGGCGGAGUAUAACCCUGAUCAGUACCUAUGGGAAAAGGAAUUCACCCUUACAGGUCGAACAUACCAAAGGCAGGAUUUGGAGCUCAAGAACACCAGAGGCUAUACCUUGAAGUGUAGUCAUUAUCUUCCUUCUCCUUUCCCUGAAGAUACUUCUCUUCCUUGUGUUAUAUAUUGCCAUGGAAACAGUGGAUGUAGGGCAGAUGCCAAUGAAGCUGCUGUAAUUCUUCUUCCUUCAAAUAUUACUGUUUUUACCCUUGACUUCUCGGGGUCAGGCUUAUCUGAUGGAGACUAUGUUAGUCUUGGUUGGCAUGAAAAAGAUGAUCUCAAGAUGGUGGUGUCAUAUUUGAGGAGCAACAAACAAAUAUCUCGUAUAGGUCUUUGGGGACGAUCUAUGGGUGCUGUUACUAGUCUUCUUUAUGGAGCUGAAGACCCUUCUAUUGCUGGAAUGGUGUUGGAUAGUGCCUUUUCGAACUUAUAUGAUCUCAUGAUGGAGCUUGUGGAUGUUUAUAAAAUUCGGCUGCCUAAAUUCACUGUUAAAAUGGCUGUACAGUACAUGCGGCGGGUUAUUGAGAAGAAGGCAAAGUUUGAUAUUAUGAAUCUGAACUGUUUGCAGGUUGCACCAAAGACAUUCAUUCCUGUUUUAUUUGGACAUGCAAGCGAUGACAAAUUCAUUCAGCCUCACCAUUCUGAUCUCAUCUCUGAAGCCUAUGCAGGUGAUAAAAAUGUCAUAAAAUUUGACGGUGAUCACAACUCGUCUCGGCCACAAUUCUUUUAUGAUUCAGUUUCUAUUUUCUUCUACAAUGUCCUUCACCCUCCUAAUGUUCCUAGAGCUCAUAAGCUUGAGAAAUAUUAUAAUUUGGGGGAUCUAAAGCUUGGUUCUGGUGUGGACGAGAGCCUAUUAUAUGAGAUUCUCUCUAGUCUGAGGUCUGCAUCAACCGACGCUGCAAGUUCAUCUUCUGUGCUUCCAGCAAUUUCCAGCACAAAAUCAGUUAGCGAACUUCUUUCAGAAGUUGCACCAGUGACUGACACAGAGUCCUUUUUUAGAGAAGAUACUAAUGGCAAUGAUGAGGCUACAGAUGUGCAGGAUAAGAAGCUAAAUGGCGAGGGUGAAGAUUGUUGCUCGUACACGAGCUCAAACAGAGAAAGUUGGGGAAGAUGUUCUUCGUUAGGAGGCAGUGAUGAAGAAUCUUGUGCAGAUGAUACCCUCUCUCAGGUGUUUGCAACACCUAUGCGAAGCACGAAUGAAAAAGAAAAAGAUGAUGACAAAAAGCACGAGGAGAAGAAGAAGAAGAAGAAGGGGAAGAAGCCAAAGAGUGAGAGGUUUGAGAAGCUGGAGGCUCUAAGCAGGCGCCUGAGGCUUUGCCUUCUAAAGGGAUCAACCCAUGGAAGGCACAAGUCAACUUAGACACACCUCUUCCUUCUUUGUAUCAUAUCACCCAUCCAUCGUCUAAUUCUAAUGUUUUAUUUUACAACACUGUUUCUAGGUAGUUCUUCACAUUCAACUUUCUUUUUAGGUUUUGCCUAACAUUGGCUUUGAUUUCCCUGCUCUCAUUAUUAUUUCAUACUUAUGAAGGUGACUCAUCACAUUGAUGUGCAGGUAUCAGAUACAAUACGUGUAUCCAAUAUAUAGAUAAGAUUAUUCUAA